GAACAACUUCCCACACACUCUAGGUGUCAUAUUGAAUGAGGGCGAACUUGGGAAGACUGCUAACUGGCGUCUAGGGAAUGUCCUGCUGGAGCCUGCUUUUUGUAAAGAGAAAUAUUUAGGGAUGAAGAAUCGUUCGGGGAAGCAAGAAUUCUGAGCAGGGUUGUUGCCUUGCUAAGGCGCUACUGUUUUGCCUUCUUCCAAGAUGGUGAUGUGGCUUCAUUGAGUAUCUCACUUCCGCUCGUCUUCUAGUGAAGCGCUCUCUGAAUGGCUAGGUCAUGGUUCCGUGAGUGACGUCACGAUUGCCUGACCAAUCGGUUGAGAGCUGAGCUGGACUAGGCGGUGGGAGCCGGAGUCUGGCCCUCGUCGUGAGUGGGCGCGGACGGCCCUAGCCAGAAGUGGAACCAGAACCCAGAUCUUCAUACUGCCGUCGAGGGUUCUUUUUUAGACCAUGGCGACUUAUCUGGAGUUCAUUCAGCAGAAUGAAGAACGUGAUGGCGUGCGUUUCAGCUGGAAUGUGUGGCCUUCUAGCCGUCUGGAGGCCACAAGAAUGGUUGUUCCCCUGGCUUGUCUCCUCACUCCUUUAAAAGAACGUGCAGACCUGCCUCCAGUACAGUAUGAACCUGUGCUUUGCAGCAGGCCAACUUGCAAGGCUGUUCUCAAUCCACUUUGUCAGGUUGAUUAUCGAGCAAAACUUUGGGCUUGUAAUUUCUGUUUCCAAAGAAAUCAGUUUCCUCCAGCCUAUGCAGGCAUAUCUGAAGUGAAUCAGCCCGCUGAACUGAUGCCCCAGUUUUCCACAAUUGAAUACAUAUUGCAGCGAGGUACCAGGUCCCCUUUGAUCUUUCUCUAUGUGGUUGACACAUGCUUAGAGGAAGAGGACCUUCAAGCACUCAAAGAGUCUCUGCAGAUGUCUCUGAGUCUCCUUCCUCCAGAUGCUCUGGUGGGUCUCAUCACUUUUGGGAGAAUGGUGCAGGUUCACGAACUAAGCUGUGAAGGAAUCUCCAAAAGUUAUGUCUUUCGAGGGACCAAGGAUUUAACUGCAAAGCAAAUUCAGGAUAUGCUGGGCCUCGCCAAACCAGCUAUGCCCAUGCAGCCAGCAAGACCUGCUCAACCUCAGGAACACCCUUUUGUUUUCAGCAGAUUUUUGCAGCCUGUCCACAAGAUUGACAUGAACCUUACCGAUCUUCUUGGGGAGCUGCAGAGGGACCCGUGGCCAGUAACUCAGGGGAAGAGGCCUUUGCGAUCUACCGGUGUUGCCUUGUCCAUUGCUGUUGGCUUGUUGGAAGGCACUUUUCCAAACACAGGAGCCAGAAUCAUGCUGUUUACUGGAGGUCCCCCAACCCAGGGACCUGGCAUGGUUGUUGGAGAUGAAUUAAAGAUUCCUAUUCGUUCCUGGCAUGACAUUGAGAAAGACAAUGCACGGUUCAUGAAAAAGGCAACCAAACACUAUGAGAUGCUUGCUAAUCGGACUGCUGCAAACGGUCACUGCAUUGAUAUUUAUGCCUGUGCCCUUGAUCAAACUGGACUUUUGGAGAUGAAGUGUUGUCCAAAUCUCACUGGAGGCCACAUGGUGAUGGGAGAUUCUUUUAACACUUCUCUCUUCAAGCAGACAUUCCAAAGAAUUUUCAGUAAAGAUUUUAAUGGAGAUUUCCGAAUGGCAUUUGGUGCUACAUUGGAAGUAAAGACUUCCCGGGAACUGAAGAUUGCAGGAGCCAUUGGUCCAUGUGUAUCUCUGAAUGCGAAAGGACCAUGUGUAUCAGAAAAUGAACUUGGUGUUGGUGGCACAAGUCAGUGGAAAAUCUGUGGCCUAGACCCCACAUCUACCCUUGGCAUCUACUUUGAAGUUGUCAAUCAGCACAAUGCCCCAAUCCCCCAGGGAGGUAGAGGAGCCGUCCAGUUUGUUACUCAAUAUCAACAUUCCAGCACCCAGAAACGCAUUCGAGUGACCACCAUUGCCCGCAAUUGGGCAGAUGCACAGAGUCAGCUCAGGCACAUAGAAGCUGCAUUUGAUCAAGAGGCUGCUGCAGUCUUGAUGGCACGGCUUGGAGUGUUCCGGGCAGAGUCAGAGGAGGGGCCUGAUGUGCUCCGGUGGUUGGACCGACAACUCAUCAGACUAUGUCAGAAGUUUGGACAAUAUAACAAAGAUGACCCUACAUCUUUUAGGUUAUCAGAUUCCUUUUCACUAUACCCCCAGUUCAUGUUCCAUCUUAGAAGGUCUCCAUUUCUUCAAGUCUUUAACAACAGUCCUGAUGAGUCUUCCUAUUAUCGACACCACUUUGCCCGUCAGGACCUGACGCAGUCUCUUAUUAUGAUCCAGCCCAUUCUUUACUCCUACUCCUUUCAUGGACCCCCAGAGCCUGUGCUCUUGGACAGCAGCAGCAUUUUGGCUGACAGAAUUUUGCUGAUGGACACUUUCUUCCAAAUUGUCAUUUAUCUUGGUGAGACCAUAGCCCAGUGGCGGAAAGCUGGAUAUCAGGACAUGCCUGAGUACGAAAACUUCAAGCACCUACUGCAGGCACCACUAGAUGAUGCUCAAGAAAUUCUUCAGGCACGCUUCCCAAUGCCGCGUUACAUCAACACAGAGCAUGGUGGCAGUCAGGCACGAUUCCUUCUGUCCAAAGUGAACCCAUCUCAGACACACAAUAAUCUGUAUGCUUGGGGACAGGAAACUGGAGCACCUAUCCUAACUGAUGACGUCAGCCUGCAGGUGUUCAUGGAUCAUUUGAAGAAGCUGGCUGUCUCCAGUGCCUCUUAAACUGAAGAUGUCACCAGGAUAUUGGAGAGAGCAGAUCAAGCCCCAGUUGUUUAUAAAGGCUUAAUUGUAUUCCUUUUACUUUUCUGACAUACGUUAAUAACUAAUCAAAGGAAGUUUUGUUUGUAAGUCUGAAGAUGAUAAUUUAUUUGUAAUCCUCUUCUGUGUCCCAUUUCCUGCCAAUGAAAUUGUAAGGUUGUAAAUCUUUUGGCACAUGUAGUUGUUUACUUGCUUUUUGUAGCCUAACUUUAGAGUCUGUAUAAAAUCAGAGGUAAUGUAUUUUGGCAGCUUCUUGAAAUGAAAACAUUGAUGAUCAUGCAGGAAAUAAAUCUUUGAGGGAAGAAAGCACUGGCUAAAAUAAUGCAAAAACACAUUUUAUCUCCUGAGAUCUCUGUGUGUGUUAUGACUCUCUCAAGAGGUAUUUCCUGAUGGCUCUAGGUCUCUGAAACACAGAAAUAAGGCUGAGUAUUGUAGCAGGAGGUAUAAUGGUUCUGUUGUUCACUAGUGUGUUAUACACAGCCAUUUAUGAGAAAAGAAGCAUGUAGCUGAACAUAAGCAAGCUAGUGCCUUUUUUUUACCCAAGCCUGAAGCCAGCCUUCCUCCACCACCAAGCCUUAGCCUAUUUCAGAUCCAUCAGGGUGUUUCUGCCUCAGUAUCUCAAAUUCAAACUGCUAACUGUAAAAACAUAGCAAUAAUCACAGCCCAUAUUUUGUAUUUAAAUAAAUAGUGUUUAGUAAAUAAAAUAUGAAUCCUUUUCUUUGUGUAAAACAAAAAGUGUUUUCUGAACUUUAUCCUUAUUUAUGUCUGAAUGUUAAGGGAUCAAGGAACAAUAUGAAGUAUGUGAUAUGGUUCUGAAGGAGCAUGGUUUGGGGGCACUGUGCUGAUUCACAUGCAACUCUCAUGUCCACAGUCUUGCCUACAUAAACAUCAAGAAUGGCUGAUGGCCCAGUGCCAGUGGCUCAUGCCUAUAAUCCUAUCUACUCAGGAGGAUUUGAGGUUUGUAGUUGAAAGCCAGAAUCAACAGGAAAGUCUGUGAGACUCUUA